GCGCUGUGCGUCUGUAUUCACAGCGAGACCCCUUUUCCUCGUAAAUCUCCCGAGAAAAGGAAAGAAGAAAAAAAGAAAGAAAAGAAAAAACCAAUGGAUGUGUUUUUUUCCCCAGUGGUGUACACAGACAGCGUCGCACCUUCAGCUUCAUCCUUCACGCCGGCUAAACUGACUCGUGGAAACGCUUUCUCCGCGGCGGCAGACGCUUUUUCAUCCACCGUGUGCUGAAAUGAGACUCAAGCACCCGUCGGAUGGUGGACUGCACAGCUGAAUGUCAGCUGCUUGUGGAGCAUGGGUACAACUGCCAGUGCCGCACCACAGCCAGUUUCUGCAGCGUCACCGCUCGAGAGCGUCCACGGCAACGGGAUGGCCGACAGCAGGCAGUCUCUUAGCAUGAGCCCCUUUCAGACAGUCAACAUCCACAACAACAAGGCCAAGUCCAUUAUCACCAACAAAGUCGCACCUGUCGUCAUCACGUAUAACUGCAGACAGGAAUUCCAGAUUCACGAUGAAAUCCUCAAGACCAACUACAAACUGGGUCGGAUAUCAGACACAAUGCCCGAGCACUACCUGGUGCAGGGGGAAUACUUCAUGGUCCAGGAUGUGUACAGCAAGGCAGAUGUCUUGAAUACUACGGGCAGCUACGGGGCCCCCAACUUCCGCCAAGUCAAGGGAUCAUACCCACUGUACGGGAUGGGUCAGCCGAGCCUGAAUGGCUUCAAACAGGUCCUCCACAGGCUCCAGGCACAAGGACAUGAGGAGGUUAUAUUCUUCUGUGUAAGAGAGGAGCCGGUGGUUUUCCUGCACAAAGACGAGGACUUUGUGCCGUACACGCCGAGGAGGAAGGAAAACCUUCACGAGAACCUUCACGGCCUGGGAAAAGAUGUGCUGGUGGAGGGCCUGGAGCUCACCAUAAGGAAGGAGCUCCACGACUUUGCCAAGCUCAACGAGAACAUCUUCUACGUCUACAACGACAUCGAGUACUUCAAAGACGAGCCACAGAAGAUCUCCAUCACAUGCGAGGAGGACAUCCAUGUGACGGAGGAGGUCUAUAAGAGGCCCAUGUUCACCAUGCCCACCUACAGGUACUACAGAUUACCGUUACCAAUGGAGGGAGCACCGAUGGAGGAAGACUUUGACGCGUUUGUUAACAUACUCAGGGAGAGUCCCAGCUUGUCUCAGGGCCACGAUGCGUCUCGGCCUCUGCCUUCACUGCUCUUCAGCUGCCAGGUGGGUGUCGGCCGCACCAACCUCGGCAUGAUCCUGGGCACACUGGUCAUGAAUCGCCUGAAGGGGGAUUCACAGCUGCCGUCUGAAGUUGAGGAGAAGGCGACAGCUUCAGAGCCCAAACCGCUAUUCCACAUCAUCCAGUCACUGAUCAACAAGCUGCCGAAUGGACAGCAGGUCAUGGAAGAGGUUGACCACGCUAUCACCCUGUGUUCUGAAAUGCACAACAUUAAAGAAGCAAUCUACGAGAACAAGAGUAAGCUGGAAGGCAUUGGAGAAGAUUAUCAAAUACAGGGAAGCAGCACCAAAGACUACUUUCUCAGCAGGACCAUGCAGAGCUUGGAGCGUUACUUCUACUUGAUUGUAUUUAAUGCGUAUCUGCAUGAACAGUAUCCGCUUGCCUUUGUGUCCAACUUCAGCCAGUGGAUGUGCUGCCAUGCGUGGCUGUACAGGCUACUGGCCUGCAUGGAUCUGUCCGAGCUGUCAGCCCCGGCCGAGCUGGUCACCAGAGGAGCCCGCAUCCUGGUCGCUGAUGAGUACUUAGCCCCCGACGUUCUCAGCACAACGAAGGAGAUGAAGGCGGUCAACUUCAGACGAGUGCCCAAGAUGCCCAUUUAUGGAGUGGCUCAGCCGACGUCAGAGGCUACCAGCACAGUCUUGGCCCAUCUGACGGAUGAGAAGAGGAAGCACCGCCACGUGCUGUGGGUCAACCUGCAGGAGGAGCUGGUGUUGGAAGGAAAUGGUCAGAUUUUCACACCGAGGGAGCCCUCGUGCCUCGACCAGCACAUUCCUGUUCCAUCAUGUGACCAACAGCAAAUAGAGAAACUGGAGACAUCUCUGAAGGAGGGGAUCCUGCAAGCUCAGAAGUGGCUGGAGGUGACGCUGGAGCAGGACAAACAGAUGAAGAUGUUCAAAAGUUGCCUGACAGUCCAGGAGAUAUUCAACCAGCACAAAAGCUCCCACCAGGGCCUCGUCUACAAACGCAUCCCUCUGCCAGACUGCAGCGCGCCCAGGGAAGAGGACUUUGAUAAGUUGCUGGAGGCCAUGAAGAGUUCCCUGGCUGAAGAUUCCCACUCAGCCUUCGUUUUUAACUGCUCCAACGGCAAAGGCAGGACCACGACCGCCAUGGUCAUCUCCGUUAUGACUCUCUGGCACUUUAAUGGUUUCCCAGAGUUUGCCGAUGAUGAGAUUGUAAGUGUCCCCGAUGCCAAGUACACAAAAGGAGAAUUUGAGGUUGUGAUGCAGCUGGUUCGUCUCAUUCCUGAUGGCCACAGGAUGAAGAGGGAGGUGGACAUGGCCUUGGACUCUGUCAGUGAGACCAUGACACCCAUGCACUACCACCUGAGAGAGAUCAUCAUCAGCACAUACAGACAGGUUAAAAGCGGGAAGACGGAGAAGGAGUGUGAGCAGGUGCUGCUGAAGAGCCUGCAGUAUCUGGAGCGCUACAUUUACCUCAUCCUCUUCAACACAUAUUUGCAUUUAGAGAAGAAAGACUCCUGGCAGCGCUCCUUCACGCUCUGGAUGGAACAGGUCGCUGCCAGGGCCGGAGUUUAUAACAUCCUCAACCAGCUGGCCUUCUCUGAGUUUGAAAACCCGAGGGACGCGCAGCUGGCCAGGCUGCGAUGCCGCUGGCAACAGCAAAGCAUUCAGUCACUUCCUUUCCGAGGGGAGUUCAUCUGAGAGAGAGGAUCACUGUGAACGCACUAAAAGAGUGCUGUGCUUUUCAGAAUAAAAGACAUUCACAUUGUCACGGUCUUCUAUAUUCACUCGUGUAUGUGCAUAUUGUCCGGUGGAUCUGCGAUGUGUCCUUCUCUCUUUUUGUUCUUCUUCCCCGUUUCAUUUCGUUGGGUUUGUUUUAACGUUAAGUCUAAUUUUUUCUUUUUAGUGGGAUAGCUCAUAGAAUGGACUAAUAUUUCAAAUGACACAGCCAUGUUUUUUCAAACCUGUCACACCACAACAAAAGUACUGUGUUGUCAGUUAACAGCACGUCUCAGCCGCUCGCUGCUCUGUGACCUGCUAUUUGUCUCCAGCCCUGCUCUUUUCCUCUCUGUCAUCAGCGGCUGCACGAUUGUCUGACGCGUGGUUCUACAAACUGUUGCUUCAUUAAACGUUAACGGGCCCUUGAGUCUGCCAGAGCUAUGACACGAGUGGAGGCUCGCGAUUUUGUUUUACACAGUAUGUCGAUGGUUAUUCUCUCGUACCUGUUUCUGUUUCCAUUGCCUUCCAUGUGUCAAGAUACAGGUACUAGUGUUGUUUUCAGUCAGUUUCCUUUUGCUUUCAAGCUCUAAAUAAGUCUUUUUAUUCACUUUUGUGUUGCCUGGACAGGGAAGUAACUACUGUCACAUAUGGAGACAUCGGUGUAGACCUGUAUAAAACUGGCAGAGUUCCCCUUUAAUCAGCUCCGUUCAUGCAGACUUCACGACCACUAAUAGUUGGAAUAAGACAGACCUGCAGAUACUUGGGUCAAAGACAUUUCAUUGUUUUUAACAAAAAUGCGAGGUGAAGACAAAGCUGCAUGAAUCACUGUCCGGGGCAAUCAUGAGUUGUGCUUUUGUCAGACAGACUGUGAGCAAACGGACUGAGCCUCGUUCAAUAGCAGCUUAGAAAGUGUGAAGGACAAAUAAGUCCGAUUUAGUUCUUAAAACGUGCGUAUAUAUAUUUUAAAAGACCACAAUGCAGUGUAGAAUGGUAACAUAUUCGAAAAAUAUUAUGACUGAGGUAUAUGGUCAAUGAAUUAUUAUAAGAGACAACACAAAAACUGUGUUUUCUGCAAACAGGUACAUUUCAGCAUCUGCUUAGAAACGGUGUAAAUGGGUGUAAAGAAAAUGAAUUCUUCUUUCCUUAUGAACAGUUGUUGAAUGAGGCUCACACAUGCCAGUGUCAUUUCCAGGAUAAAGUUCUCCUGUAAAGUGUUUCUUUUUCCAACACCUUUUUAUUUUUUUUUUCCACUUAAUCUGCUCAUGUGUUUCGCUGUAAAAUAACCUCAAGAGUGUUGUAACAACCAUGAAUUCUGCCUUAAAGCAAGAAUGAAUCCUCUGUGUAGGAAAACCUUGCAUUCCGAUUUGUCCUGCUCGGUCAAACAUGUCGUAGAAUUUGCACUGUAUAUAAUAAUUGAUCCAGACUAACUGAGCAAAGAAAGAUAGUGACGGUUCAAAAUGAAACUGAUGCUUUAGGAAUGAAUUUCCAAUAUACACAGGUUGUAACAACAUUGUUAUAUCAACCAUUUUCUUAAUUUAAUGUUUUUUUUAACAAAAGAUCUUAUGAAAAGAGCAACGUAUUCUCCUUGUAUUACUGUAUGUGUCAUUUCUUUUUCUUUUUGGGGGUUAAAAUAAAGAUUUCAAGUUGUUUUAACAA